AGACUCUUUACUUACAUUUCAACCUUCUUCCUUUAAUUCUUCCCGUAUAUUCCAGAGUCUUCGCCGAUCUCACCUCUCCAUCGCCGUCGAUCCCUCAACUCAUGGCCGCGAUCACGCAACCCAAGCUCCCUCCGGCCUCCAUCGCCAUCUCCCGGCCUCUUUCCCCUCGCCGCCAUACGCACCUUCUUAUCCCGUCCCUGCCCUCGCCGCCGCCUUCGAUGCGGGCCGCGAAGGUCCGAUCUCCGUUCGCGGUCAGGGAUGACUCCAUGUCCUCGAUCAUCGCCGACCUGGAGAUGGAUGAGGAGGAGGAGGACCUGACGGAGGGGUCUGGCAGGGGACUCGCUGAUCGGUGGCGCGAGAUCCACGGCCGCGAUGACUGGGCCGGCCUCCUCGAUCCCAUGGACCCGCUCCUCCGAUCGGAGCUCAUCCGGUACGGCGAGUUCUCCCAGGCCUGCUACGACGCCUUCGACUACGACCCCGUCUCCCGCUUCUGCGGCAGCUGCAAGUACAACCGCCGUAGCUUCUUCGCCUGCCUCGGCAUGGCCGACCACGGCUACGCCGUCACCCGCUACCUCUACGCCACCUCCAACUUCAACCUCCCCAACUUCUUCCGCACCUCGCGGGCCGGCGCCAAGACCUGGAGCCAGAAGGCCAACUGGAUCGGCUACAUCGCCGUCUCCGACGACGAAGCUUCCGCCCGGAUAGGGCGGCGCGACAUCGUUGUAGCGUGGCGGGGCACGGUGACGCGGCUGGAGUGGAUCGCGGAUCUGAUGGAUUUCCUCCGGCCGGUGGCCGAGGUGGGGAUCCCUUGUCCUGACAGCGCAGUCAAGGUCGAGUCAGGGUUCGCGGAUCUGUACACGGACAAGGACCCGACGUGCCGGUUCUGCAAGUACUCUGCUCGGGAGCAGGUGAUAACGGAGGUGAGGAAAUUGGUGGAGCACUACGCGGGGGCGAAGGGGGAGGAGGUGAGCAUAUCAGUGACGGGGCACAGCCUCGGGAGCGCGCUGGCGAUGCUGAGCGCCUACGACAUCGCGGAGAUGGGGCUGACGAGAGUGGAGGGGAAGGCGGAGCCUUUGCCGGUGGCGGUAUUCUCGUUCUCGGGGCCGCGGGUGGGCAACGCGCGGUUCAAGGAGCGGUUCGAGGAGGGAGUAGGGAUCAAGGCGAUCCGGGUGGUGAACGUCCACGAUACGGUGCCGAAGGUGCCAGGGAUCCUGUUCAACGAGCGGAUACCGGCGGCGAUCCGGCGGAUGGCGGAGGGGCUGCCGUGGAGCUACAGCCACGUCGGCGUGGAGCUAGCUCUGGAUCACAAAUGGUCCCCCUUUCUCAAGGACACCGGCGACCCCUCCUGCUUCCACAAUCUGGAGGCCCACCUGCAUCUCCUUGAUGGGUACCAUGGGAAGGGGCACCGAUUUGUGCUGGCAAGCGCGCGAGACCCGGCGUUGGUGAACAAGGCGUGCGACUUCCUCAAGGACCACCACAUGGUGCCGCCGUUUUGGCGGCAGGACGAGAACAAGGGCAUGACCCGAGCCCAUGACGGCCGGUGGGUGCAGCGCAACCUCCAUGAGAUCGACGACCACCCGGAGGACACCCCCUACCUCCUUCGCCGUUUGGGCCUCAAGGAUCACCACUAAUAGCUGCAUUACUAUCUGUAUAUAUAGAUGAGGUCCAUCAUCAAUAUUUAAAGUUUUGGGAAAUUUCAAUGGUAUAUUAUCGUUAGUUACAGAGCAUUAUCCUCGCUAGUGUAUCUUUAAAUUGUUAUUCAAUGUUUAUUAUAGAUAAGUAUUGUAAAUAUACUCUUUAACA